CGUUGGCCUGAGCCUCGUAUGUAUGCUUGCUACAAAAUCUCAUCAACUAUGUAUUGUGAUAUUGUGAUACGGAGAUUAAUAAAAUAGUACACCCUGUAAACUCGCGUAUAUAGUUGCUUUCCUUAUUUUCAAUAGAGCUAUGUUGAAGGAAUAUUAUCUGGAUAACUGAUCAAUCGUAUUUACUUGGAUACUUCGAGGAGCUGAAAAGUGUAAGCAAGCUGUAAGCGAGCUGAAUGAUACCGUUUACGGUCGAUGUUAACCGGUUUGAAAGAUUACACAAUAUUUAAAUGUUGCUACCUACUUCCUCCCCUCGCUCAACCUCUUGACUGGCACUUGCAACCAAAGCCCACCCAUCAGAUCGUAGCCAAGAAAUGAUUCCUAACACUAACAUCGGUCUCUGCGAGACGUUGACUGCUCUUUUAGGCAGAGAGAAGGUGUCGCUUCCAGGAAGUGCAUCUUACAAUGCAUCUCUGUCGUCAUAUUUCUCGUUGCAAUCGAUCGCCGUGCACCCCGUAUGCAUUGUCUCACCACAGACGGUUCGUGACGUUUCAGCCUUGAUUGGGUCGCUGACCGCCACCGCCUCUAAUGGCUCAUGCGAAGUUGCCAUUCGGUCCGGCGGCCACAUGUGGUUUGUCGGUGCGUCCAAUGCUCCGAGUGGGGUAACGGUAGACCUGCGGGGUCUGGACUCGAUAGAUCUAAGCGCGGACAACUCUACCAUAUCUGUUGGUGUGGGCGCGACGUGGGAUGCUGUCUACGGCAAGCUGGACCCCCUUGGGCUCAGUGUUGCCGGGGGUCGGGUGGCCGGCGUCGGUGUGGGGGGCCUUACCAUUGGGGGCGGAAUCUCCUACUUCGGGCCUCGCUAUGGUUGGACUUGCAACACGGCAUCUGCUUUUGAGGUCGUCUUAGCGGACGGCUCCGUCGUCGAAGCCAACGAGGAGCAGAAUUCCGAUCUCUUUCAUGGACUUCGCGGGGGGUCGAACAAUUUUGGUAUCGUCACCCGCAUCGAUCUAAAUACGUUCAGUCAGGGACCAAUUUGGUACAGCUCUACCUAUAAUCCGCUGUCGACCAUUGACGACCAGAUCAAAAUCUUCGCCAAGAAUGUUGUGGCGGAGAAUUAUGACGAGAACGCCUCCUUCAUCACCGGAUUUGGCUAUUCGCAGUCUAAAGGAUUGACGGUCAUUAACAACGAGCUUGCCUACACGAAGCCCGCGGAGAGUCCGCCGUCGUUCUACCAGGAAUUUCUGAGUCUGCCAUCUAUCUACAAUUCGUCGUCCGUGACAAAUGCGACGGCGCUAUCGCAGAAUGUGGCGCUGCUCCUGCCUCCGGGUGUGGCUCGGUACCUAUUUGCGACGGUGACCUUCCGGCCCACGGAAGCGAUGCUGCGCGCCGCAUUUGACGCCUGGAACAGUAGCUUGACGGGGAUUAAGGAUAUUAAUGGGCUGACGUGGUCUCUUUCGCUAGAGCCCCUUCCGCCAGCCAUCUACCAACGCGGCUCCAAGGACAAUGCGAUGGGACUUGCCGAUCGUACCGACACGCUCGUCGUGUGUUUGCUAUCGCAGGCGUGGGCUGACGAGGCGGAUGAUGAGCGCGUCUACGCCGCGAGUGCCGCACUUGUGGUCGCGCUCCAAGAGGUUGCUCGUUCCCUAAAUGCCUACGACCCGUUCAUCUACCUCAAUUAUGCCGCCCCGUGGCAAGACCCGAUUGCGAGUUACGGAGAAGAAAGCGUGCAGAAGUUGCGCGAGCUGCGAGCCAGGGUGGAUCCUACGGGCGUCUUUACGCGUCUCGUUCCCGGCGGGUUUAAGAUCCCAUCGGAUGACGUGCGCAAGUAGGAUUCACAGUAUGUAGUCAUACCUGGUUAUAGAUCUCUCGAAAUCUCGAUUCAUGUUGGUGACCAAUAGCCGUUUCAUCAUAGUCCUGGAUAUGUGGAAAGGGGGCGGGGGCGGGGCAUUUCGGAAAGCCGCAGAGCCGGUAAGGCUGUAGGUGGAUACGGUUUAACCCUGUAAUCCAUGCAGGCCAUGCAUGCCAUGUUAGUGGUGACAUAUGUAUCCAUGUAUGUAUGUGACAUCUAACAUCGAAGGAUUCAAUUAAUAAACUAGGUAUGCAACGUCGAAGAAUUAGCCUCAUAUAAUUUGUCAC